AUGUUUGAGUCCCUUUUGUAUAUUAUCUUCUCGCUAAUUUUUGUUUUACCCAUUUUGUGCAGAGUCACUUCACCUACCAAACUUAGUUUUGUAUCGCAUUUAUCCAAUAAUUGGCAUAAUAAACAACACUUAAACAAUCAGAAAAGAUAUCUGAAGAAUCCCGAGUACAUAGUACCAGGCACAUUCGAGGAAUGGAAGAAGGACAUGUCCCGAACAGUCGGAGUGUGGUCAAUUUAUUAUCCCUACGAUCUGUUCAAGGCGAAACAUUUCAUGCCGGGAGCAGAUAUAAGACCAAAUUUGCUGUUUCUAGAUAUCGCAGGACGAGUUCGAGGCCCAGGAGAAUACGGUAGUCCAGAAGGAUGUUACCUUUUGGAUUCCAAGGAGUAUCAUCAUAUGGAGGAUUCUAAUAACGUUCUCCAUUCCAGAAAGUGUGUGAUGGUUAUGUAUGGAUCAAUAAGAUACUCAAACCUGAGAAUGAUAUUGGCAGGUCGCAUGUUUUAUGCCGGAGGACUAGUUUUAAAGGGUCUUGAUCCACUUCUUAAUUCAACAUCGGCAAUUUUCCUAGGACACACAUUCCUAGAAUCAUACAAAAAUGAGUAUUACAUGGACUUUAUAUCAAAAUUGAAGAGGAAAAUCUCAUUUAUUGAUAGGCAGGGAAAUGAAAUUGAUCCCGCCAACUGGGAGUACCAAAAAUUGGAUGGGUAUGGAUCAGAUUUCAGGUGGAUGCAUGGGAAUGAGAAAUGGAAACUACUCGGGCCAUUUACAUCAUACAAAAGCUACGGUGUCAAUUAUGAUAACGGGGCCGAAAAUUCCUUCUUCAGUCAGUAUGCCGACGAGGCGAUUUACAAUGUUUUCGACCCUUUGGAGCACUUUUGCAGGAAAUUCACGAGCAGGGAGUACCUGGAGGAAGAAGUACACACAAUAGUGAGAUCAGUUUUAAAGGGGAGCGAUAAGAUGACAAAAAUAAAGGUGGAGGACGAAAAUUACCUAAAUAAUCUGGAAGAAGAGGUAAUUAAAAAACAUUAUUGUUGGUUUUAG